GACUCGAAGCCAGCUCUCUCCCACCCGUUUUUCUAGGGAUUUCUUCUCAUAUACAUAUUCAAUUCUAUAUGCAUAUUUUGCCCUGUGGGGAUAUUAUACCAACUUCAACUUGCGCCAUGUACCAUACAUACCAUACAUUUUCACACAUCUAUAACUCUGCAUACGCAUAUAACGAAGCAACACAAAAAAAAGUGAAUCUCUCUUCAAAUUCAACAUCCACCUAGGAGAGGGGGCUCAACGCACAGCAUUACCACCACCACCAGAAACCAAGCAACCCUUUCCUUACCUCUUCCUAUAGGAGAUUCACUCACUCAAGGGGGCUGAACUGUAAUUACGAGGGGAAAUUGGUGUCUGUUUUUUAUAGUGAGGUUAUCAUUGGUUCGAUAAGAAAGGAAAGGGUGGUGCGAUAAGGGGAAUAAAUAAAUACGCACUUUUUUCCGGACGUAAUUAACGUAUCGUCCCCUCCUUUAUAUCGCUCGUUUACUCGCUCGAUCUGUCUAAAAUAAGUCUGUGUGUUUUUUUUGCAAAAUAAAUAUGCACUUCUCGACUGGUGAGUGAGUGAGUGAGGGACGGGAAAAAGUUAAUCGAGACAUUACAUUAAUUAGUAAUUAAUUGGUGUUUUGGUUUUGUCGAUUAAGUUAAAGUUAGAAUUUGGUUAUUUGAUUUGACAGCCAGGGGUAUUUAUGAAUGGUAUUGAUUUAUCGUGUCUGUCUUCUGCAUAAUUAAAUGCGUUCCAAUUUAAAGUGUGAAAUAAUAGAUGAAAUUUUUAAUUGCUAAUUAAUGCAAAUAAAUUAAAAGUGACGGAGUGAUUUUCGUAAAAUUUUUAACUUUUACAACCGCCCGAGAAAACCAAAAUAUGGAUCAAACCUUGUUCUUCUUCUGCCUCUUGUUCCUUGUCGAGAAGAAGAGGAGGUUUUUUGUAGAAUUUCGCUAAAUUUCUAAAAAAAAGAACAGAGUUAAGGACACUUCCUAGUGAAUUGUUUACAAUUGUUAAUUGUUGCUACUAUUUAUUAUCAUCCUUAUUAAUUAAUUCAUCAUCAUGACGUCUAUCGAAGAUCCCGAAGAAAGCACCCUCCUGGCGAUGGAACUUCGUCAACAAACUUUAGAAAAGGAAAUGGCCGUGUUGAAAGAUACCGUCUGGCGACUCACGGGACGAGUCUUCGUGUUGGAAUCGUUCCUCUCGGAAAAAUUUGACGAAUUGGUGGUCGAUUUUGGUCUCAAACUAUCCCUCACAGCAGGAGGUCACGCCAACUUUUUGGCGCAAGCGAUGUCCGCUGAAGCCUCGGUGGUGUCGUCGUCCAAAUCGAAUAAUAAUAAUCAUCAUCACGACAUCGUCCACUUGGGAGAUGGCGAUGGGAGUGAAGAAAUGUCGAUCGGAGGUGGCGAUAAUGAUGAUGAUGAUCGUCCCCCUCCUUCCGUCGGGGCGAACAUCACGGUCACGGAGGGUCAACAGCAACAUCUACAUAAUGGUCACGGAGGGGACAGUAAGGGUCACGGGAGUAAUCACGUCCAACACGGAGGAGGUCAUCACAACAGGGUUGGAAAUUCGACAUCUGUUUCGUUAGGGAUGUCAAGUCCGAUGGGAUUGAUGGCGCCGAGGGAAAAUAGACAGUCUCAUUCCAGAUUUUUGUACAAAAGAGAUGUGAACGACGAAAGAACAUCGCACACCGAUGAUAACGACAACAACUAUCAUAACCAAUCAGAUUUCAAUGUCGAAGAAUUUGUCGUCUUUCCUCACGUCCCGGAAUUCAUUUUGGGACAAGAAGUUCAAAAUGGGUCUUCCGCCCUCAUGUCCGUCCCCUCGUCUGAAGACUCCAACGCGGACUCUGACUGUGGCGAAAUUCCACACCAUCGACUCCACCACCAUCACAAUCAGCACCACUCUCACGAUUUGGGGUCCUCUCCCCCCUCCACGUCUUCGAACCUUCUCACCAACCCGCAUUACAACAGGUUGGGCAGUGGGGGAAGUGGUGGGGGAAGUGGCAUGCGGCGAAAUCCACGCUAUAAAUGCAUCCCCUGCGCGAAAAUGUUCACUUCAGAGUGGCACUUGAAAGCGCAUCUCGUAAAACAUUCUCAACCCCCAAAUCUCAUCAUGUCUGGAAUGAACACGGCGAAUAAUUCGGGAUCAGAACAAGGAUCUCCGUCAGGUCAGGAUUCCGCCUCGAACAACAACGACCCCUCAAAUGUCAAACCGUUCGCUUGCGCCUAUUGUGGCAAAAGGUUUAAAAAGAGGCAAGAGUUGACCGUGCACUUGAGGAUACACACGGGCGAAAAACCAUACAAGUGUCCCGUCUGUGACCGUGGAUUCUCUCAAAGUUCAUCAAUGAAGACACAUCUCAGAAUUCACACAGGAGAAAAACCCUUUAAAUGUCGCUUUUGCAAGAGCAGCUUUACCGUGAUGCACAAUUAUAAGAAACAUCUCCAAACGACGCAUCAGAUCGAUGACGUUUCGUAAUACGAGACGAAUACCUUCUUUCAUCCCCCCAUCCGCCCCCACUUGUUUGACAAUCCAACCAAAAAUCCAGUGCAGUAUUUCCCAACAUAGAUAAAUUAUUGUUAACGAGAUUUCGCCAUUUCAGACUCUCAUUUUACUAAAUAGUAAUUAACUAAAUACAUGUCUUAAUUCAGUGUACAAAUAUUUACCGGUAGAAAUUGUGCAGCAGAUUUAAAUACUAAUUACUACACUAAUUAAUUAAUUAAGCAUGGUGCGUAUUAAAUUAAUACAUAUGUGUUUCAAAUUUGUAAAUCUAGUGUGAAAAUCAGCAAAUUGGCAAAGUGAUCCAAUUACUUAAUUACUUGUGUAUUCAGCAAUAUUGUAUAAAUAAUUAUUCCAGAGAAGAGAGCAAUUUAAUGUUCAAAAAAUUCAUUAAUUAGAAUUAUUACUUGUAAAGUUUGAAAAAUUCACACACAUAAUUUAAAAAUUUAACUAAAUGUUCAAAAUUGAUUAAUUCAGAUGACAAAUUUUAAUUGUUAAUUAAGAGGAUAAAAACAUGUAAAGAAAACUUGUAUUGUUAAAUCGUAGUUCAAAUUAAGUUAGACAAAAAAACUUGUAACGUACGUGGAGACAGUUAAGUAUUCUAAUUAGUUAUCAGUUCAAUGUUUGCAAAUUUGCAAAACAUUUGCAAGUUACAAAUCCACCCAAAAACUUGCGAAGCUCUUGUAAAAUAAUUUUUCCCAGUUUACAAAUACCCGAGUGAAAUUUGUGUCGUCAUAUUCUCCUCCCCGUGUCCGUACCGCACUUAUCUUAAUUCUGUAAUUUAUAAGGUAUUUAUUUAGUAUGACCACAAAAUCAGUAAUAUUUCCUCCCCUGUUAAUUGUAAUUGUUAACUAUUGUGCCAUGCCAUUAUUUUUUACCUGGAUACUUAUCAACGUUACCAUAUUAUGCCCUUGACCUUGACAUGAUAACUGUCCACUUUAUCUUAUCUUAUCAAGAUGAAGUACAUAUGUACAUGUAAACUACAAUCUAUCCGUGCCUGUCUGACGCUAUGUAUAUUUCCUUCCGAUUCUUCGUCUUCAAAUUUACAAAUUCUCCUCCUCGUAACGUUUACCAAGUUUACAAAAAUAAUCGUUACACUUAAUCAUGGACAAAAUUAUGACAAUUUUCAGCAAAUUUUCAAAAUCAAGCCUUCACAAUGACCGGUUCUUCUCAACAAAAUCUACUCCAAAAGCAGGACAGUGCAAUUAACUUUAUAAUGAUGGAUGACAAAUUACUUAUCGAUGAUAACAGCUUAUCCAUGUUGCUUUAAUGUUAGAGGGGUAUUUAUCAUGACGAGAGAUCUCCAAGUAUUAAUUGUAUUCGUAACAUAAUUUACCAUAAGUUUUUUUUUACAAGUAAUCAUGAAUUAGAGAUUUAAUUAAAGGUGUAUUUAUCAUGCUUUACCAUUUACCAACUUGCGCCCAUGUUAUACUUUAACUAUGGCGCAAGUUAGGAAUGAGAAAAGUAUAAUUGUUGAUUAACUAACUAGCUACAAUUAUUUAACGAGAUUAUUUAUUACUUAUUUAUUCAUCGACUGUCAGAAAAUCUUCCCGUCAAAUUAAACCAAAAUGCAAACUGAAGAAUAUACAAAUUUCGGUAAAUCAGUGUAAUGCUGUACAUAGAAAUUAAUUAGUAAUUUAUAAAUUAGUUGAUUAAUUAACAAGUUAAAAAUAUAGUUUUUGCAAUAUUUAUUUCGUGUCUAGUUUUUUUACGUGUUUUUUAUUAUUUAUUUAUUAAUUAAUUACUUAACUUAAUUAUGACUCAGGUUUUCAUGAAAAACUUUGUAAACUGUGCAAAUUUAGCUGGCAAAAUUACGAGUUAAUUAAUUAAUUAAAGUAGCAGAUACCUAAGCAGAUUAUGGAACAGACCACGAGUUUCUUAAUAACCUUACAAAGUUUACAAAUAUUGACGUGGUGUCGAAUAAUUUAUUUAAAAUGCCAAACCACACAUACAACACAUUAGGUUACAAAGAAUUUCAGAAAUUUAAAUGUUUUCUUUUU